AAGAUGACAACCAUGCAACAAAGCGCUGUGCUAGGGAUAGAAAGGAAAGCAAAAUGGUUCCUUCCUACCUUGAAGGAGCUUACUCUCUAAUGGAAAAAAAUGUCAUGAAAACAACAAUUUACAUUCAAGACAUAUACUGGGAAAUAAUCAACAGAGUAGAAUCCAGAACCAGCCAAGCCAAACAAUAUGGAGACAUGGAACAAAAGCAAUGGUCAACAGUGUUUGAGCUGUGACAGUGGGGCUGCCUGCUCUGAAAGAGAAAAUUCUUCAUUCGUAAUGUCCUUCCGCCAUUACUCACAGACUUCCACCAUAAGGAAAGGGCCCUCUGGACAAACACCCUCUAAGAUGUUUAUAUGGACCAGUGGCCGGACCUCCUCAUCUUAUAGACAUGAUGAAAAAAGAAAUAUUUACCAAAAAAUCAGGGACCACGACCUUCUGGACAAAAGGAAAACAGUCACUGCUCUGAAAGCUGGAGAGGACCGGGCCAUUCUCCUGGGACUGGCUAUGAUGGUCUGUGCCAUCAUGAUGUACUUUCUGCUAGGAAUCACACUCCUGCGCUCAUACAUGCAAAGUGUAUGGACAGAAGAGUCUCAAUGCACAUUGCUUAAUGCUUCCAUCACAGAAGCGUUUAACUGCUCUUUUAAUUGUGGUCCGGAUUGUCGGAAGCUUUCUCAGUAUCCCUGCCUCCAGGUCUACGUUAACCUAACUUCUUCGGGUCAAAAGCUCUUACUUUACCACACAGAAGAAACAAUGAAAAUCAAUUCUGAGUGUUCUUACAUACCCAAGUGUGGCAAGAACUUCGAAGAGUCCCUGUCCGUGGUGAAUGUGGUGAUGGAGAAUUUCAGGAAGUACCAACGCUUCUCCUGCUUCUCCGACCCAUCUGGCAUCCAAAAGAAUGUCAUCUUAACCAGACUCUACAGCUCCAACGUGCUGUUCCACUCCCUCUUCUGGCCCACGUGCAUGAUGAGUGGGGGCGUGGCCAUCGUUGCCAUGGUGAAACUCACUCAGUACCUCUCCUUGCUCUGCGAACGCAUCCAGCGAAUCAACAGAUAGAGGCCAGGCUAGCCAGGACAAGGCUGUUCUUUAACGUUCAGAUACAGGUUUCUCUCAUUCUUCACCAAAGAACCUUAAGUUUGUAAUGCGUCGUUUAUUAUGAGUUCCUUAAUUGAUUCCGAUACAUAGAGCAAUAACGCAGCUGCUGUUUAAUAUGCAAACGUGAUGUUUCUAUUCAGUAGAAGAUGGGGUGGAGGACCCCCACAGUUGGGUGUUGGUGUUUUCAUACUCUCGGUUCGUUGGUUCGUCUGUUUGUUUUCCUGGUGACACUAGGACUUCCUUCUCCCCUUCCACUGAGAUGGGAUGCAGUGAAUCAUUUGUCGAUGAACGUGGUGUGGCGUAUUCUGUGUUCGGAGUCAUCAUCUCUUUCAGAGACAUCUCUGCAAUGUAUUUUGUCAUUCAUUGUUUACCAAAGCUGCAGCCAAAAACAAAAAAAAAAAAUCCUUUUCUUUUUCUCCAAACCGAACCCUCUAGUAAGAGAUGGGACCAGGAUACCUUCAGCAAGGGUAUUCACCAUUUUCCUUGUAUUGCUACCAUAUCACUGUAAAGAUGAAAUAAAAAAUGGUCACCUAUUUUUUUUAUUAUUUUUUACUCACAACAAUGUUAGCUUUUUAACAGGAUUGAAAAUGGAAGAAGCUCUGUUCUCACUAAUCAUAUUAUUGUAACUACUACCUGUCUUUUAGGGAGAAAAGGAAUAGCUUUGAUCCCAGUCUUAGACCUGCUAAGAGGGGAUAUCAGCAAAGGGCUGCCCGAACUAAGAUUUCAGUGAAUGGUGACAGCCACCCAUAGUUCCAUAAGGCCUCACCUGAGUGUACCCAUAUUGGCACUGGAAGUCUCCCACCCUAUUAAUUGUCAACAUCUCUCAAUGGAGCUGUUCUAUAGCAUACAGGAAUGGGGAACUUUCAGCCUCCAGGCCACAUGUGGCCCACUAGGUCGUUAAGUUAGGCCCUUUGAAUACAAACUUCACAGAACAAAUCCUUUCAUUAAGGAGAUUUGUUCUGUGAAGUUUGGAUUCAAUCAAAGGGCCCGACUUGAGGACCUAGAGGGCCACAUGUGGCCUCAAAGCCACAGGUUCCUCUCCCCUGGACAUCAUUCUGGACAUUAAGAUCCUGUUUAGUAGGCAAAGCUUAUUGGAAUGCUUUCUUAAAGAAGACUAGAGAGUAGGUUUGCUAGGCAGAGAUGGUGAAAGAUUUAUAGGCAGGCAAAAGAAUGUGAUGUCUCUUGAUCUGUUUCUCUGUGGGGAUCUUAAAGCAAUAUGCUCAGAAUGUUUCUCUCCUCUGCAUAUUUUAUUUUUCUAUUUACAAUUCCUUCCUUUUGUUAUAUUUUAUAAGCAGUCUAGACCUUUUUUCUUAACGGACACUUGAACUGAAUAACAGAUUUGAGAUUGUUUCUAUUAGCACCCCAAUUAAUUACUGUGUUCUGGGAAAUCAAUGAGAGAUUGAUUCUAAAUGAGAACGUCCUGCUUUUCCCCCAAGCCUCAAUAACCAAACAGAGGGAAAACACCAUCUUCAAUCAGUCUCAUCCAUAUUUAAGUACUUUUUUGUAAAAUAGUAUUGAAAACUUUUUAGCUAAUACAAGGUUUUACAAUCAUACUUGUGGAGUGAACCGUAAAAUUAAUCUGAUGAGGUGGAAAUUAAUCUUCAAUCUUGUAAUCCAUAGUUUGACUUUUUCUUAAGCAAAUAAAUUCCUGGGGUGUAAUCAAGGCUCUUAUGUAUAAUUAAAAAUAAAAAG